UUCCUCGGAGAGAAACAACAGCGGAGCGGGGACACGGAGUCGACAACAGAGGGGAGCGUUGUCUUUUUUCUUUCUUUCCGGAGGAUGGGAUGCCGGGUGAGGCAUACGGACGGAUAGUGUGCUCUUUCUCUCCUGGGGAGGAGAUGUCGCGAGUGCGACUGUACCACGAGAGCCCGGGAGUGGGCGUGUGCCAACGGGUGUUGGGAAGGAUGUUUGUCCGGGAGGAGAUCGACUUUUCGGAGACGGGUUGCUGGCUGGCGAAGAGCAGCCUGACGCGGGGCGGCUAUGGGAGUGCGUGCGCGACGACACCGGAGGGUAAGAUCAGCGUGCUUCUGCAUCGGGUUGCCUUCACGGCCUGGCAUGGGCGGGAUGUGCUGCGUGGCAUGGUAGCUUCUCAUCUUUGCCGCCGGGCGGCUUGCUUCAAUCCCCUCCAUGUGGUGGAGGAGUCGCAGGAGGCGAACUUGCGUCGGAGUCACUCGUAUUGUGCGGGGACCUUUCGGUGCGCGUGGAGCGGUCAUGUUGUUGUGGGGUGUCCCCACGUCCCUAUGUGUAUGCAGGAGACGGUGGUGUCUUCCUGCUGUUGUGCGUCUGUCGUGCGCUUGUUGUGCACGGCCUCGGUGGACAUGUCGUGUCGAGGGGGUUUGUCUCGGCAGGGCGAGACCUCACUUUGAUGCUGAUGAGAGUGGCAGCAGGACCGAAGGGACGCCGGAGGAGGAGAACGAGGAGGUUUAUCUUCUAGUUGUCUUGGAUUCUGGGGGGAUCUGCACGCGUGGGUGCGCAUGGACGGGGCCCGUCCGGUUAUUGUGGCCUUGCAGAUGGCCAGUGUUCGUACCCUCCCGUGAGGGGUGGGGAUGGAUGUCGAGCGACUUGUCGAGUGUCGCCUACGAGGUAUGCAAAUAGCAGUGUUGCUUUGCGCC